AUGAAAUGGAUGAUCGGCGCAUCGUUUGCGGUGCAUCCAGAUUUCAAGAGCCAUACUGGCGGCACUCUGUCCUUUGGACAAGGUGCAGCUCAAGUGAUGCCAAAGAAGCCAAAACUAAACAGCAGAAGCAGUAUGGAAGCGGAACUGGUUGCUGUUGACGAUGUUGUCACGAUGAUACUAUGGACAAAGUUGUUCAUGAAGUGGCAAGGGUAUCCGAUUGAGAAGAAUAUCUUGUAUCAGGAUAACACAAGCGCGAUUCUACUGGAAGAGAAUGGUUGUAAGAGCGCAGGCAAAAGAAGCUGA